UGUUCUAUGAGCUGGCAACGCCGCAAUCUAGGUGAUAAGAUCAUAUGUCUAUCCCGGGGUAAUAACGGCAUCAUUUUAGUACGUCAAAGCGGCAGUUCUCCAAUCUUCAUUUGCAUUUUUCAAGCGGUGUGCAACGAUCUCGAGAAAAUUUUGCUAGCGAUAGUCUAGUAGAGUAUAUUUCAAUAGUUGUCUUUCGUUGCCAUGUUAUCUUUACUCGGGCCUUAAUGUGAGCGUAUAUUUCUCGGAUAAUCCAUAAACAUAUAUUUUUAUAAUAUAUGUACAGUUUCUUCUAGUCUUAUAAUGAGAUCUUUUAUUUAUAUUUUUAUAUCUCUUUCUUAUAUAUUUCAACUUAACUACUGUAUCGCUAAGCAAAAUACGAAUAAGCUAGUUGUGGAUAACUUGGUUGAUAUCAAGGACUUCAAGAAGAUACUCAGAACAAAAACUAAUGUUUUAGUGUGUUUUUAUAAUAAUUAUAAGGAAGCUCAAAACAUUAUAAAAUCAAUCAGAGAUGUUGCCAAAAAUAUUAAAGGCGAAGGAACUUUGGUUGUUAUUGAUUGCUCAGGGGAAGCCAAAAAAAUGUGCAAAAAGCUCAAAAUACCAAAUAAUGAACCGUUUGUCUUGAAACACUAUAAAGAUGGAGAUUUUCACAAAGACUACGAUAGAAAGUUAACAGUCAGUUCUAUGACUAAUUUCAUGAGAGAUCCAACUGGGGACUUACCAUGGGAAGAGGAUUCUACUGCAUUAAAUGUUGUUCACAUUCCAGAUGCCAAUACCUUGGCGAAAUUCAUAAAAAGGGAGGCGAAACCGGCCCUGGUUAUGUUCUAUGCUCCAUGGUGUGGAUUUUGUAAGAGCCUCAAACCUGAGUAUGCAGAAGCAGCCUCUGAAUUGAAAGAUGAUGUUAUCCUAGCUGCCAUCGACGUUAACCGACCCGAAAAUGCAAUGAUAAGGACUCACUAUAAUAUCACAGGAUUUCCUACAAUGAUCUAUUUUCUCAAUGGUCAGCCAAAAUAUACAUAUGAGGGAGAAAAUAAGAAGGCUGCAAUUGUAGCGUUCAUGAGAAAUCCUUCAGCACCCCCAGUUGUCAAGCAAAAAGAGCCAGAAUGGUCUGAAACGGAUAGUGAGGUAGUGCAUUUAGGUGGUAACUCUUUUGAUCCGGUUGUGAAAGCAGAAGCAUCAGUAUUAGUAAUGUUCUACGCACCCUGGUGUGGACAUUGCAAGAAGAUGAAACCAGAAUAUGAACAAGCCGCUGCGAUAAUGAAAAAAGAAGGGAUCCCCGGCAUGCUAGCAGCAGUGGACGCAACCAAAGAACAAUCGCUGGCCAGCCGUUACUCGGUGAAGGGCUACCCAACAGUGAUCUACUUCGAGCAGGGCGAACGUCGGUUUGACGUAAACGUGCGCGAGGCGACGCGUAUCGUCGAGUUCAUGCGUGAGCCGCGGGAACCCCCUCCGCCACCGCCCCCAGAACGACCUUGGGCUGACGAGGAGGCAGGCGACGUGGUGCAUCUCAACGAGGAAAACUUCAAGCCGUUCCUCAGGAAGAAGAAGCAUGUGCUGGUUAUAUUCUAUGCUCCAUGGUGUGGGCAUUGCAAGAAAACCAAGCCAGAGUUCAUAGAAGCAGCGGCACGGUUUAGGGAUGAUCCAAAAGUAGAAUUCGCAGCUGUUGAUUGUACUGUCGAACAGGCGCUAUGCAGCACUAACGAUGUUAAAGGAUAUCCUACUAUGAAAUAUUUUAGCUAUUAUACUAAAAAUACCAGAGUAUACAAUGGAGGAAGGACGGCUGACGACUUUGUACGAUUUAUGUUAGAACCUGACAAAUUGUCAAACAACACACCAUCACCGCCAACUCCUGAGAACCUCUCUUGGUUCUCAGAUUCAACUGUGAUCCAUCUGACAGAUCGAAACUUCACCCAAACGUUGAAAAAGCGCAAGGUGGUGCUAGUGAUGUUCUACGCACCUUGGUGUGGCCAUUGCAAGAGAAUGAAACCUGACUACAUAGAAGCUGCUAAAGAUCUAGCAUCUCAAGGCUACGACCAGUGCAUGGCAAUGGUGGAUUGUACGGAGAAUCCAGAAGUAACGGAAGAGUAUGAAAUAUCUGGAUUCCCUACAGUGAAGUUAUUCAAAGAUGGAAAGUUUGUGACAGACUAUAAAGGGAAACGCACAACUGAGGAUAUCAAAAGUUUCGUUCUGCGAUAUUUUUCAAAGGACGAGUUGUGAAACGAUUUACGGGUCUAGGUUAAGUAAUUUAACAGUCAAAAAUGUUUAAUACUCGGUAAUACAUGGGAAUUGUGGUG